UGUCUCCAGAAAAAAAAGAAAAAAAACAGCGGUAUAGAGAGCAGAUCAUCGAUAGAGAAAGAACGAUAUUGAUUGAGAGAAAUAAGGAGAGCACAAUUCUGGUAUAUUCAUAUUAUUGGUUCAGUUGUCUAUUUCGUGAUACUCCUAAUCAAGGUAUGGAAUGGACGGAUAGCUGUAUAUGGAUGGGCUAUUGCACAUUGGCUCGAAGUAAAGCAAAAGUCCUAACACACUAUCCGAGGAAGAGGACAUGAAAAAUGUAAGUGAAUGUUCGCGGUAUAUAAAGAAGAGAAUCAGCGGGGAUGCUGCAAUACUCAGUGAGAAAUCUCCGUACCGAGGUCGGUGAAAUUGUGAAAAGAUCCAUUCGGCUUGGCUUCUUCAGCCUCUCUGUAACAUUAUACAAUGGAAUUGCUACAGAUUUCUUCAUUGUUCAUUGUAGUAAGCACGAUCCAAGCGCUUCAACAGCGAUACGAAGGUAACGGCGGGAAGCGAGUUUCAAGACACAACUUUCCAUGCUCCCAGCAAACGAGUUCGGCCCCUGCGACGGAAUUCGGAGCGCCUAUAGCUUGUGCUCUGAAAUUAGGUACGGACACAAGGGAAAAGAAAAACGAAGAAGAAUCUCCUCCUCCUACGGAGUACGUGAAAUUAUCGGCGGCGGCGACUUACGUGCCACUACCAAAAACAGAGAACUUGGUUUUCAUCGCACCUCCGAUAAUCAGGACCUCCGCCGCGGUCGUCGCAACCCCGAAACCGUCGAUCGAAGCAGAGAACGUCGAAUACACGACACAUCCGAAAUACUCAUUCAAUUACGGAGUAAUUGACGGGUACACCGGGGAUUCGAAAUCGGCGUGGGAAGAACGGGACGGUGACAGUGUCAAAGGGGAAUAUUCGGUGGUUGAAGCCGACGGAUGGAUUCGUACGGUAACUUAUACGGCCGACGAGCAUCGUGGUUUCAACGCCGUUGUUACACGGAGCAGACCUCCGAAACAUCCACCGGCCGGAGUCAGGCUUCAAUCUUUCGUUCCGUCGACUCUUUACAGGGGCGAAAAUCUCCGUUUGAGACUGUAAAUUAUCAUUUUGCUUUGCACGUUUACUGAAAUAAUGAAAGUUAUCUUGAAUUCGGCCUUAAAAUUUUCACCGUAUAAUAUUUUUCUAUGAAAAAGCAUCUAUUCAACCGCGUGGUCACAUUUUUCAUUCACAAAAAUAUUCGGAUUUAUUCUUUUUCGUAAAGACAAAAUUCACGUUCAUCUCAAAUUUCCGAAAUUUCCCACUCGGAGCUCAGAGCCUCCGGAGUCCGAGGACAUAUAUGUUAAGGAGGUUGAAGCGUAUCUUAUGUUAAAACUAUUUUCCAACUUUGCACAUUAAAAUUUUUUAAACAGAAAGCUUAAGACAGUAUUAAACUUCUGGCGGGAUAUGCCGAUGAU